ACGAACACCGGACGGAGACACUUUAUAAGUGGAUUUAUCAACACUACACCGACGAAAGACCAGCCGAUUGAAAGUUAAAGACGACGAAAAAGAAUAAUUUUAUGUAACUUUGUUGUUGUUUCUGGUAUCAGUCAACCAUCAAUAUUUCUUCGAGAACAAUGUUUCAUGACAAAUAAUAACCGAGAACGAGGUUAUAGGCAAUUUAGCUUGCAACUGAAUACAUUUUAGGGAUGAUCCAAAUUUUCAUCAUCAUCGGUCCAAUCAUUUGCUAAUUCUCGCAAUUACGUACUGAUGAUAUGAUACUGUAAUCCACUUGUCACAUCAAAAUGGAGUGCGAGGAAGGAGUGAUGAAGGAGGGGGAGAAUGGUGAUAACAAACUGUCAGAUUGUGAUGGAAUAACAGAAACGAUUUCGAAAAAGGAGAAUAAUAUGGAGGAGAGUGAAAAGCAGUGUAAGGGACAUGAUAAUGGGGUGGAGCCAAUGGAAUAUGCUAAAACACCUUUGGAGGCUGGUGAAAUGAAUGAAGAUAAAAAACCCAAGGAAUCUUCGAAAUUAAAGUCUCCAGGGCAAUGGGAAGAGUCUCUGGAGGAUAGUCCCAACGAAGUAGAGAUUGUGGCGUCCAACAGCAGCCCAAGUGAUUGUAAAAGUUCUCCGGAUGGUGAGAAUAACCAUGAGAGCUCUGACAACGAUUCUGAUAAAGUUGAGAAACCCCAGGGGAGCUCGGAUACCUCAGGAAUCGUUGACAGCAGUCAGCCCAGCUGCUCCACUUCGAAGUUCUAUAAAUUGAAGUCGAAGGUUAAAAAACGUCACUACAGGAAGAAAUCUAGUGGUGCUGAAGAUGUUAAGUCGAAGGAGAAGAAACCAAGGGAGAAUAAUGAAGAGUCCAAUCCGAGCUCUCCUACAGAGCAUGAGAGGACGAGGAGGAGCUCGGAGGAGCAGAGGGACGAGAGAAUUCAAUCUUCGAGUGAUGAGGAGAGUUCUAAUUCUAAUAGUGAUAAUGAGGGAGGGGAUUCCAGUGAGUGGACCACUGCGAGUGAAGAUGAACUGAAUGGAGGGGUUCCCAGGGUGUUGCAGAAAGAUCCACCAAAACCGAGGAUGUUUAUCGUUCCGGAGGUCAUAAAUCGACAGAUUGGCAAUACUAAGCUGUUUGAGAGGAAAUUUUAUGGAUCUCUGCAUGUCGUACAGCGGCUGGAAUUGAUGCAGAAAAUGGAGGAACAUGAAGGCUGUGUGAACGCAUUGAACUUUAAUCGCGAAGGUAAUUUGUUGGCCAGUGCCUCAGAUGAUUUACGAGUGGUAAUUUGGGACUGGGCGAUUGGUAAAAAGCGUCAUACAUUUGAAACUGGGCACAAAAGCAACGUCUUCGAGUCCAAGUGGCUUCCACUCGACUUCGAGAACUACGUAGCAACGUGUGCUCGUGAUGGUCAGGUUCGUCUUCUCGACAUCUGCACUGGGGCUCAUCGUAAAUUGGCGUCUCACCAUGGCGCUGCUCGACGACUGGGCAUCCACGCAGAUCAUCCCCACACAAUUCUCUCAGUUGGAGAUGAUGCAAAGGUUUUGUGCAUCGAUAUUCGAGGAGGAAAACCAACGAAGAUGCUGACAGUCAAAGAAGGACGAUCUGACAUGCAUCUUUAUAGCAUCCACAUCAAUCCUCGCAAUAGUAACGAAUUCUGUGUUGGUGGGCGUUCCCAGGCUGUUAAAAUCUAUGACAGACGAAAAUUAUCGAUGCCUUUGCAGAGACUCUGUCCUGAGAAUUUGUCUGAUAACACAUGUGCUCAUGUUACCUGUGCCAUGUACAAUUAUAAUGGAACUGAGAUCAUCGCGUCGUACAAUGAUGAUGAUAUUUAUCUUUUUGAUGCUGUGGUACUCCAUCCCUCUGGAGAUUUUGCUCAUAGAUACGAGGGGCAUCGUAACAAUGCUACCGUCAAGAGUGUCAAUUUCUUUGGGCCAAAAAGCGAGUUUAUCGUAUCAGGAUCGGACUGUGGAAAUAUAUUUUUCUGGGAUAAAAAUACUGAAGCUAUUGUGCAGUGGUUCCCUGGAGAUGAACAGGGAGUUGUAAAUCGCCUAGAAUCACAUCCAAAUGUACCAAUUUUAGCUACUAGUGGGUUGGAUCAUGACGUAAAGAUAUGGAUUCCUUCCUGCGAGCAGGCUCCACAAAUGAAUAAAUUAGAAGACUGUGUCAAAACUAAUUUAAGGAAUAGAGCAGAUGAUAUUACUAGGGAGCCAGAUGCCUUUGAUGGACAAAUGCUCAUGGUGUUUUUGCAACAUAUUCGUCAACACGAAGGCUUCAGUGUGAGGAAUAUUGUUGAUGGCCUCUUAUCAACAAGAUCAAGAUUCAUGAUGAGACCCUACGACGAUAACUCAGAUUCAUCGAGCGAGACUGGCUCAGUCCAUAGCGACAGUCCCUCCGAAGGAGCCAAUGAAGGACCGCAGUGUGCUCCGUCCUAAAUCAUACUCAUGCCUCCCACAGCCUCUCGCCCGUCUUCAAUAUUAGAGGAAAUUAAUUUAUACAGUUUCGAUAGUCUCUAAGGGGAGGUACUAUCGAAACUUAUCAAAGAGAGCAAAAAAAAAUUCUCAAAAGAUCAUUUCUGUCAUGAAGUGGUAAAAGCAGAUAAGGGCAGAAUCUACUCGCAUAUAAGCUUUGUAAAUAUCGUUAGAAUCAAAGGAUUUACGAAAAUUUAUGGUAUAUUCUAACAUGGACACAGCAUUUUUUUAAAAGAAUUAAUUUUGUAUAAUAACUGAUUACAUUAAGUCUCUUCAUUUUUUCACACCUGCGAUGUUUUGCAUUAAGACUAUAUUCUCAGAAAUUUCAAUUUUCACCUUCUAAUUAAUUAAAAUUCUACGCAAUUGUAAUGUACCGUUUCAAUUAUACAUUAUUUAAUUAAUUGCGCGCAAUUUUACAUUUAUAAUUCAAGUAUGUGCAAUUCGAGAACAACAAAAUCCAUAAAACUCAGCUGUGGAUUAAGUGUAUCCUUUUUUUUUCAAUUUCAGAUACUCAAAUAAUUCUUGAAAAUGCUCUAUCGGUCUUAAAGUAUGCCAAAUUUAUUAGAAAAGAUUUUUCCAGGGGGAUCUUAUAAGCUGCAAAAAAGAAUUUCUACUAUUUUUAUCUUGCUUUAUUUUUUCAAUAAAAUUCUUUUCGAGUAAUCACCGUGGAAUUUUUGUAGUAUGUUCUUAGACAAAACAAAUUCAGGUCAAUUAUUUGGCAAAUCUCUUCGGAAGAAAGAAACUGAGGAGAACUUAUCAAUAGGCUAUUCUCUGGGAAAUUCCAAAAUAUGAAGAAUUCUAAUGAAUUUUCUAAAAAUUCUUCUUUCCCACGAUAUCUAUAGUCAUGUAAAUUUUCGUGAGGAAUUCUUCGUUUGUCUCUUCUUACCACUUCACUAAGACUUAGUCAUUGAUUCAUAUCUCUAAAAUAUUUUCUACUGCAUUCGAAAUAGUAGUUCUACAUGUCAGAGUGUAAAAAGAGCCACUGGCUUGAAGAAUGUACAGUAUUAGUAUGUAGGAGUCUAGUAUUUAUCCAAAUGUAAAGAAUGAAGAGGAAAACAUAUUCUCUUUAUUACUCCACCGCGUAAUCCUCUCGCAUCUGUAAUUCUAGACUUUACCAAAUCGCGGUGCAAUGGGCACAUUGAUUUUCAUCGACAUAAUACUGGCAUACAGGUUCCAUCGUGCUGAUGAAUACUGAUGUACGGAGGAUGUUGCGUUGAAGAGUUUCGUCAUCUCUAUCCAUUUGCGAUAAAAAGGUAUCAUGUCUUUAAUGAUUAAAUAUCUCAUCUAAUAUUUUUUUCGUCAGAAACUGUUUGUUGUAAUUUUAGAUUUAUUGGUAAAUAAAGGGUUGUUUUCAGUAAA